AUGGCCCGGCUGCCCCUGCCGUCCCUCCUCUGCACGCUGGCCGCCCUCAGCCUCAGCCUGCUGGCCGCCGAGCUCAAGGCGAAAAGUUGCCUGGAAGUGCUUCAGGUCUACGUCUCCAAGGGCUUCAACAAAAACGAUGCGCCCAGUAACGAGAUCAACGGUGAUCAUCUGAAGAUCUGUGCUCGAGGUUACACGUGCUGCUCUCAGGCAAUGGAGGAGAAGUACCGCCAGCAGAGCAAAGAGGACUUUCGCACUGCUGUUGGAGAGCACUGCAGCGCUCUGCAGAACAUGUUCGCUUCCCGAUAUGAAAAAUUUGAUGAAUUCUUCAAAGAGCUACUUGAAAAUGCUGAAAAAUCCUUGAAUGACAUGUUUGUCCGGACCUACGGUCGCUUAUAUAUGCAGAAUUCCGAGCUCUUUAAGGAUCUCUUCGUGGAACUGAAGCGAUACUAUGUGGGAGGCAAUGUGAACCUGGAAGAAAUGCUCAAUGACUUCUGGGCCCGCCUUCUGGAGCGAAUGUUUCGCCUUGUGAACCCCCAACACCAUUUUACAGAUGAGUAUUUGGAAUGUGUGAGCAAGUACACAGAGCAGCUGAAGCCCUUUGGGGAUGUACCACGGAAACUCAAGUUACAGGUGACUCGGGCCUUUGUCGCUGCCCGGACAUUUGCCCAAGGUCUGGCCGUUGCAAGGGAUGUUAUCAACAAAGUGUCUGUGAACAGGGCCCUGCAUUCCUUAGCUGUGAUCCAUGCAACGCCAUGGCACCGGCAGCAACAAAGGCAGCCCCCCUUCGCCCUACAUUCCCAUGCUCUUGUGUAUGGCCUGGCCAGCCCCGAGCUUAUAAAGACUCCAAGCAGCCAGAAGAAUUGGGAGAAUUGUAGGGAUCAGGUGCUAUGUCCUACAUUGGAGCAAGGCCCCACGGUUUAUCAGUCGUGCAGUCCUCCAGCAAAUGCUGAACUCGACAGCGACUGGAAUCCCCUGCUAGACGCUAUGCUGAUGGUAGCAGAGAGACUCGAGGGACCCUUUAACAUUGAGUCAGUCAUGGAUCCCAUUGAUGUGAAGAUUUCGGAUGCAAUCAUGAACAUGCAGGAGAAUAGUGUGCAGGUGUCCCAGAAGGCUUUCCAGGGAUGUGGACUCCCCAAGGCCACCCUCCCAGCGGGCCGAGCCUCUCGUUCAGUUCCCGAAAGUGGCUUCAGUGCCCGCUUUCGGCCAUAUAACCCAGAAGAGCGACCGACCACAGCUGCUGGCACAAGCUUGGACAGACUGGUUACAGAUGUCAAGGAGAAGUUAAAGCAAGCCAAAAAGUUCUGGUCCUCCCUCCCGAGCACCAUGUGUAAUGAUGAGAAGAUGGCACCUGAACAAACGAGUGAAGAUGAGUGCUGGAAUGGAAAUGCCAAGAGCAGGUACCUCUUAGCAGUGACUGGAAACGGAUUAGCUAAUCAGGGAAAUAAUCCAGAGGUUGAAGUUGACAUCACUAAGCCAGACAUGGUGAUCCGUCGCCAAAUCAUGUCUCUCCAGAUAAUGACGAGCAAAAUGAAGAAUGCCUACAAUGGGAAUGACGUAGACUUCAUCGAUAUCAGUGAUGAAAGCAGUGGUGAAGGCAGUGGUAGCGGCUGUGAGUAUCAGCACUGCCCUUCGGAGUUUGAGUUCAAUGUGACUGACAACGUGGGCAAGACAGUGGUUCAUGGCAAAAAUGCGGUCGAAAACUCGGCUGCUGGCGCCAUUUGCUGGUCUUGUGCUGCCCCGGCCCUUUGCCUCUUGUUCUUGGCUAUGCAAAGACAAUGGAGAUAAUUCAACCACUUUGAACAACAGACUUUCACUACCCAUGCUAAAAGGCACGCCAAUUUUCACUUUUUAUGCCAUCCUAGUGACUUGGCUUUUUAAAUUAAUGGACAACCAUGUACAGUUUUUACUUUUCUGGCCAUUGGUUUAAUUAAAAUGGCAACCUGGUUUUUUCAUUCACUGUUUUGGGAGGGUGAAAGGACGACUUCGCCUCGGAGUCCGUCCUGCCCACUCAAGAAGCAUUGUUCAACGUGGCUGACAAAGUGUAUAUACCAAGCUGUAGCUAGCUGUGCGUUUGUUUGAAUCACUCUAUCGGUUUUUUGUUUUGUUUGUGGGGUCGUUUGCUUCUUUUUUCUUCCCUUUCUUUCCAUUUAAGAUCUCACUACGUUUCUUAAAAGAAAACCAGGGUCCCCUCUUGGCAUGAGACAAGCCUGCCUUUCUGAAAUCGGCAUUCGUAGUACAGGGGCAGGUUUUUUUUAGUAUAUUCAGAAUGAAACAAAACAGAAAAAAACCACCCGGCCAGCAGAAAGAUGUUUUACACAGCAACAUUUCCAUUUAGCCACAUUAUGGUAGUUGCUUUAUCUGGAGAGAAGUGGAAGGUAAUUUGUUUUCUAUUAUACAGUAGAGCCAAAUGUGAAGGCAUAAUUGGCUAGGGAGCCAUAUGCCCGAUUGUAUAAAGCAUUAAUGCCAGGAACAGGUUAUAUAGACUUCAUUUAUAGCUGGUUAUUGGAAGAGGCUGCUGAGUUCCAGUUUUGCAUAAGCUAAGAUCUGUGGGCCAUUCCUGAAAUCUCUUGUAAUCAAAGUGAAACUCACUGAAGUUUCCCAAUUCCAUCUCAAUUCAAUUCAACAAGCAUUUACUAAAAGCACCUACUGUGUGCCAGGUACUGUGCUAGAUGCCGGGGCUACAAGGGCAAAAGGGAGCCAGCUUCUGCCCUUGAGGUGUUUACAGUGGAAUGUGGGGUUUGGGCUUGGGGGAGGUAACUAUGCAGAAAAGGAAAUAACAAAAUCAUUUUCACAUGAGGGUGCUAGCCAGGGAGAAGAAGUAAGGGCAGUUCUCUUCACAGUUCUGGAUCGUUCUCCCUUCAGAAGCUUAAGGCAUUGAGUAUGUCCAGCGUGUUUAAACCUCAGGGGGUUUUUUUGCACCAACGUGGACAAGUGACAGCCCUACGUCUGGCCUUGUAGAAGGCUACCCUGCUGCCGCUGUAUUUUACAGGAGGGUGCGUGCCUGAAAUUGUCAGUGCUAGAGUAGGGAUGGGCUCAUUCUUUCCCCGUUCCCCUCUAGACCAGUAGCAUGCAUCUUCUUUAUGGCUAGCCAUGAGAAGGGCAACCUCUCUAAUCCAGUGCCGGACCAGGGAAUGUGGCAAGGCUAUCUAAAGAAUUGAGCCCAGGGCCUUGGCCUUGAAGCAGCAUGGAUUGGGGAAGCAGCCAGCGUUCAUUGGCAAAUGCUUGUAUGAAUUGCAUCGAGAGAUCUUUAUUCUCAGAGAGAUUAUAAGGUGGCUUCUUUGAGGGUUUCCCUCCCCUACGUUGCCCUGGCCCUCUGAUGAAUAAGCCAGUGGUACGGUACAGCAGCCGUGUUGCAGCCAACAAAUCUGAAACCAUUUUAGCAUGACCUUAGUGCCUAGUUCCGGAGAAUAGGUAGAGCCGAUAGACCACACCUCAGAGGUGAUCUGCAGUCUUUUGGGCCCCUUGGGAAAGACUCUGCUUUCUCUUGGCCCGCCAGUAGAAUAAUCAUAGCCUUGGCUCCAGAAGAAUCCCUUCUUUUUUAUCUCUGAACCAGAGUGAAGGCCAAGUGGCAACUCCUAAGAAUAUAAAAGUCACAGAUCAUCCCCAAAGGAGUUAGCUAGUCCGUAGCAAGACUCCAGAUGACCUGCAAGUCUCUUCCAGUUUUCAACCCCCAUUAGGAACCUAACCAAUGCUACAGAAUCUAGAAUCUAGAAAGAGGUUGGUUGGUCAUUGUGCAUACCUUUGGUCAUGUGAGAAUAAUUCUCUAUUUUUAUAUUGAAGCGUAAUUACUUGAUAGCUCAGGGUCAACAUUUCAUUCACCGUUUUACACUAAAUGUCUGCAAAAUGGGGAAAAUGGAAUAUUUGGGGCUGUUGUAAACAGAGGCUUAAUUUUAUUAGAUGUAGCCAGUUAUUUAUUAAAGCAUGAUGUUAAAUAAAAUAGGCAUAUUCCAA